AACAAACUUUUCAGUGGAGCUCCCUGCUUCCCUUCCAACUAAGCAGUGAGACCCAGACAAAGGGCUUAGAGGACUCCAGAAACAACUAAUAUUCACCUGAAGCCAAGGCCCAUCCAACCGCCACCAUGUCGAGCAAACGCGCAAAGGGGAAGACCACCAAGAAGCGCCCCCAGAGGGCCACGUCCAACGUGUUCGCCAUGUUCGACCAGUCUCAGAUCCAGGAGUUCAAGGAGGCCUUCAACAUGAUCGACCAGAACCGAGACGGCUUCAUCGACAAGGAGGAUCUGCACGAUAUGCUGGCCUCACUGGGUAAGAACCCGUCGGAUGAGUACCUGGAGGGGAUGAUGGCCGAGGCGCCGGGGCCCAUCAACUUCACCAUGUUCCUCACCAUGUUCGGAGAGCGCCUCAACGGCACCGACCCCGAGGACGUCAUCCGCAAUGCCUUCGCCUGCUUCGACGAGGAGGGCUCUGGAGUGAUCCACGAGGACCACCUGCGGGAGCUGCUGACCACCAUGGGUGACCGCUUCACCGACGAGGAGGUUGACGAGCUAUUUCGCGAGGCGCCCAUCGACAAGAAGGGCAACUUCAACUACGCCGAGUUCACUCGCAUCCUCAAACACGGCGCCAAGGACAAGGAUGACAUGUAGAGACAGGCGACUGCUUCGCGGCCCACACACACACACAGUGCUUUUUAGCUGGAAUGGGCUCCUCUUUUGUGAGUUUUAUCGUCAAUGGUGAUUAUUCAUUGAAGAGGAGUGUAUCACAGCUAAAUGCAUAUUGACAAGUCUAUAGUGGCUUCGUCUCCAUGUGUCCUUUCUGUAAUUUGUAGUCUUUUAUAAAUCAGUGCAGAUGAACGAAUGGUGACAAAGUGAUAGGAAGCCAUGUUAGACUGAUGAGAUGCACUGAAUACCUUUGUGUGUGUGUGUGUGUGUGUGUGCCUCAGAAAACCAGCACUACAUACUGGCCAGGUUUACCUGUCCUUGCCUCUCACAUCAGCACCAGCACUGCCUCUGUAAGAAACUGCACCUUCUAUCCAGGAGCUGUGUUGGAAAACCACAUUUUAAAGGACUCUAUUUUGUUCUAUUCAUGUAAGGUUUUUGACAAUCAAAACAGGUUGUAUUUUACCCUCAUUGCUUGAAUGCUUAUUAUUCCACAUGUUGCUAGUCGUAUCCCCUUUUCAGCUGGUCAGGUCAAUUCUAACUCUGCCUGCAUCGAUGCAUCACAAACUCAUUAAAGCUGGAACAUUCAACAUGAAUGUUGCUAAAGGAUCGGACUUGUUAAAAAAGUGAGGGGCAAUGUUAUGGAGGAAGUCAGCCUUGAAAUUGUGUUUUGCCGAGCAAGGUCUUAUGCGUUGCCCUUCCAAGGAGGAGUAUAAAGAGCAGAAGGAAACGGCUGGGCUGGGUUGUCUGGGUAUAAUCAUGUUUGGGUUGAAUUGUUGUGGAAAUGUAGCAUGCCUGUAUAGAACCAACGAAGGACCCUUGUUUCAAAAAAGUUGUUUAACGUGUCCUUUAUUCCAAGAUGAAGAGUUGUUUCAAUGUCAUGCUGCAUUCCUUUUAUAUUCUGUAUUGGAGAAAAGGAAAGAUGUUCCCAUACUAGAGUACAGGUGGAUUUCCUCACAUUGCAGUUGUAACACCAUUUUGACAAGUGAUAAAAUUAAGUAGUCCACUUUAAUGAAACACA